AUGAACAACAUCUCCACACCGUUAAGCACAUCGUAUUCGGGAGCCAGUACCGACUAUAUUCCUCACCAGUUCACAGACUAUAAUUCUCAGCCUUCUAAUGUAUGUCCUCCAACGUAUGGCGCCCCGUAUUUGCUGUUUCCUCCUGCUCCCACUGGUUCACCUUUAUUUCCACUGCCCAACCAAUUUGGUCAAUCUCAACCGUACUUCUCAUCGAUUGGACACGGUGCAGGAGUCGGUCAUCUUGGAGUGGGAUGUUUUGGGGGGGAGCCAUCCUGGGACAACAUACCCCGCGGGACUUUACCCUUUCUCUCACAGGAGGGUAUCGAAGCUUUCACAAAAGCUGACCAAGCUGCACGCUAUUGGUCCGGCGAGGGCGGCGACGUAUAUGUCCCUCCCACUACUGCACAAUCGUCCAGUAACACUUUACCACAUCCGAAUCAGUCACAAAACGACACCGCUACUGCCGUAAUUGAGCCGUCAUUGAUCAGACUAGAAGACACUACUGCCAAUGGUGUUUGGCCGGAAAGUGAUACACUCAAGGGUGCAUACGGCGAAGCCUGCCAUGCAGCUGCGUCACGUGAAUAUCAGCAGGCCAAAGGCGAGCUGAAUCGGGCGAAUGACCGAGCUGACACGUUUCAAGGCAUACUCUUUGAAAAAAUCGAUGGACCGUACGAAAAGAGUAGGGCCUCCAUCAACGUGUCUUGUGACGCAUUAUCGCGGAUGGUUCCAGAACGAUACUUGCGCGAUAUCGUCGAAUCUAUCAGAAGCGAAAUUGAAUCUCUAAAGGAACCGGUAGAUGCUGUGAAGGAGGCCUGGCGAAGAUUGGACAAGACGAAUACUGACUUGAUCGGACACCUGAUCAACUCCCGGAUGCUGGAACGUGAAGCUUACACGCGAACUAGAACGAGUUGUCGACAUGUCCAUGAAGAAAACCUUCGUUUUUCUACGAAGUGGGCCAACGUCACCUUACGGACAGAUGCCAAUGGUGACAAUGUCCCAGCACCAUUCUUUAAAGCCUUUAAAAACAUCACUAAACGAAAUCCGAAUGCUGAUAAGAUCUCGUUCUACACACAAUCAGCUGAUCCCUCGACUUCCACAAGUCAAGCUGGCGAGACUACUAUGAAGCAUCAGAAAAUUACUAAUGAUUCGAACACAGCUCAAUCAACAUACUAUACGGGUUAUCCCUCGGGAGCAGCGCCAUCGACAGCCACAUAUCCUAUGAGUGGUAAAGGCUUUUCUGCUUACCCAGACUGUGGCCCUACACCAGGACCAAUGUCAAAUUCUGACGCCACAGACCAAUCUCGGCUCACUUUCAUUGAACUUGUCAGUGAUGUGGCGGAGCAAGAGGAGUGGACGGAGAAUGAAUGGGAGCAAGCCUACGAAGGCUGGCUGACCUCGGCGCCGUCGGGUCUGUCGAAUCAUUGGUAG